AUGCUAGCUAGGUUUGUAAAUUUUGUUACAGGUAACAUAUUAAAGCAUCUCUAGGUACUAACCUUGUACCAGCUGGAGGAUUUUAAGAUUUAGUGAGACCAAUCGAAAUUUUAAUUAGAGAUCAUAUAACUGAUAUCAAUUGUAAAUUUCCUGAGGCAUAUACAUGGUAUAAUUCUAUAGUAUUUUACAAAGUUUCAAUCGCUUAGUAAUUCCAGCUUAUGAUUCUGAAGAAAUCUUAAGAGAAAAAUUAGAAUUAGCCUUAAAUGAUGAAAACGACAACUUUUAGAGAGGAUGA